UUCGACGUGAUGCGUGACGCUGCGACGUGACCAACGGUCGUAAUGGGGCGGGGCUCGUAAACAGAAAUCUAAAUAAAGGAUCGUGCAGAAUUUUACUCCAAAGUAUCUCACUUUUUCUCGACACAUAAAAGCUAAAUCUCCUGUGAUGCCGAUACGCCGAGCAGCAGCGACUCCGACCCAGGAGAAGGCCCCCUCCGCUGCAGCAGAGAAAGAACCUGAAGCCUCCUCAGAGGAGUCGCCCUCUGCCGACGAGGAGCAGGCGGCAUCUUCAGCCGCCACGGCCGAGGUGGAGGAGGGCGAGGCGGCAGGCGAGACAGAGCCCACAGAGAAUGGAGAGAAGGCCGACGAAGAAGCCGGGGUGGAGAAGGGAGGCAAGGGAACAGAGAAGAAAGAUGACAAAUGCAAGGACUGCACGGCUGGACAGUGCGCAACACACUGCUAUGUUCUCCUACUAAGGUUGAAGGAUGGCUACAAGUACGAGAAAACCAAAGUCAAAAAGGUGAAGAGGACGAUUCCCGCGUGGGCUAGCGUCACAGCCAGCAAAAAACUUCCCGUUACCAACUUCGCAGGCACUCAGAACAAAGUGGAUAAUAUCCUCAUCGAAGCUAUUCAGUCUUGUAACGACAAGUCUGGGGUUUCGUACCAGUCUGUCAUGAAAUAUAUUGUGAAAAAAUACCCAGGGAUGGAGCUCGACAAGAAGAAGUUUCUCAUCAAGAAAGCAAUGAAGAAACAUUUGGAGAAGGGCACCAUCAAACAGCUGAAAGGUAAAGGCCUUUCAGGAACCUUCGCCAUUGGGAAGCAGGCAAACCUGUCUAAGAAAUCUGCUCAGAAGCAGGAGUCUCUGGGAGACGCUCUUCCUCUCAUCAUCACUCGGCUCUGUGAGCCCAAAGAGGCCUCCUACAACCUGAUCAAGAAAUACCUGGAGCAGCACUUCCCCAGCCUCAACAUCGAGAACAGGCCAGAGGUCCUAAAGACAGCAUUAGUGAAGGCAGUAGAGAAAGGACAACUGGAGCAGAUCACCGGGAAAGGAGCCAGAGGGACUUUCCAGUUGAAGCGCACUGGGAACCAGGUCCUGUUGAAGGGUGGCACCUUGGAAGACGCCAUCACAGCUGCCAUCACAGCCAUGAAUGAACCUAAAACAUGCAGCACUACCACUCUACGCAGAUACCUAGUAGACUCCAACAAGGACAGAAAAGAGUACCAAUUAGUGGCCAAUCUGAGGAGGACCCUGACAAAGUGUAAAGUACUUGGAUGGAUGGAGCAGAUCACCGGUCACGGCUUCACAGGGACCUACCAGUUGUCGUUCCCUUUCUACCCGAGUCCUACCAUCCUGUACCCAGACAAGUUCAAAGAGCUACCGAAGAAAAACGCCCCACCUCCACCCAAGCGGAGGCGGACGGUCGAAUCUUCUGACGAGGAAGAGGAAGAGUCAGAAGAAGAGGAAGAGUCUGAGGACGAAGCCCCCGCCCGUAAGAGGAAAUCUCAGAAGAGGCCUCCUCCCAAGGCUCGUCGUCCUCCACCGGCCAAGAAAUCUCAGAGCGCUAGUCAGUCAAAAGCUAAAGGCAGGGGACGCUCCCUCGCGAAGAAGUCUCCGGCCAAGAAAGCGGUGUCUUCAGCCAAGAGGUCGGGAAAAAAACAGUCAGCCUCUAAGAAGGAGUCCCCACCACCCUCUAAAACCACACCUGUCAAGAGAGGAGCCCCCACAAGAAAGCCCAAAACACCAGCCGUUAAAAAGCUAAACAAAAGGGUGUCCAAGCGGCCCGUGUCCAGAGAGUCGUCCCCCGAAGAGGUCGUUGUCCCAAAGGAGACGCCAAGGGGCGGGUCCAAACGAUCUAAACCUGAGGAGUCAACCCCAGAGGAGCCCACAGUUAAAAAGUCGGCGGGCAAGAGUGGAUCCAGGCGGCCCGAGCCUGAGGAGUCGUCCACCCGGGAGCCUGCAGUCAAAAGAGGGGCGAGGAGCAGCAAGCAGUCCACUCGCAAGUCAAAGAGAGGGAAAUACUGAGCUCAGGAGCGCCUUCCAUGAACUGGGCCGCUCUGAAUAUGCAGCAGUCUGCCGCUUCGUUUCAGUGCUCGCUCUCUUUUUAUCAUUGUUUUCUCCCUUUUUAACAGGGCAGUAGUUUAUUUUUUAUUUUAUUUCUUUUGUAGAAUAAGAACAUUAUCUUAUCCUAACAUUAAGUUUACUGUACAUUCAGAGUUUCUGAAUUUCCUUUUAAUCACCAUGUGUAGAAAAGCUCAGUUAGUGUUGUCGUUAAAAACAAGAUGUGUGACCAGCUGCCAGCUCUGGAGACCCAUAGCAAGAUCCGACAUACUGUAACUAGAGCCAUGUAGUGACUUCUGUUUUUAUAUCUCUUCCUCAUUCACUCUGUAGGUGUUGGCAGCACAUAUUCCUAAUAUCAAAUUAAGUGCGAUAUCAGUGUUCUGGAGGGUUGAAAAGAUCGUUCAUUUUAAGUUAAAAUGUGGGUUAAAAAGUUACUAAUAUGAAUAUUUUUUAAAACAGAUUUUAAGGCUGUUGUCCUGUGUUCUGGACAUAUUUUUGGCCGUGCAGCAUUGCAUCAGAAUCUGAAUUGUUAUCUGUAUUUCUCCUACAAUUAUAUUAUUAAUUAUUUGUUUAUUUAAAGCAAACAAGCAAAUCAAAAAUGCCCCUAGAAAAGAUUAGGCCUGCUGGUGCCAGGUUGAGGACUUGAUAGAGGAUUAAACACUAUGUUCGUAUUCAUUUCAAAACAACAUUGGGUUUAAAAAAAAUCUUUUUUUUAAAAAAAUGUGUGUGUGUAAACAAGCAUAUACAUAAAUCGAUUUUAUUGCUUCACAGCUGUAAUUCAGUACAAAACUGUAAGAAAUGUGUGUUGUGAAUAAGACAAAAGGAGGAUAAUAGCUCAUACAUACCUUGCAUGCAUGUAUUCCUUGUGUUGUUAAGCUUUUUUUUCCAAGUCAUUAAUAAAAUGGCUAUAUUUGUAAAA